GAUGGAGCUGGCGCUGGAGCGGGCGAUGCUGCGGGGGUUUCCGAGCCCGGUGGAGGCUCGGGGCUGGCAGCAGGGGGAAGCCGCGGUAGCAGAAAGUGGAUGCUUAUUGCAGUCUUUUUUGGAAGGGAAUUAUGAGGCCAUUCUAUUAAGCGAAGUGAUCCAGGAUGUUCUCAGUGCACCCACAGUGAGAGAGGAGAAGAUUGACAGCUGCUUGGGGAAGGCAAUUUUAGCAUACCUGGACUCUUCCAGUGAAGAUAUUGAUAACGUGGAAAGACAGAGAUUAGUGUUUCUGCUUGGCGUGGGCAGUUUGCAGCUCUUUGUUCAGAGCAAUUGGACUGGACCUCCUGUUCAGUUACAGCCUCAGGACUUUUUGCCAUCUUCGUUGUUACAGCAGUUCUGCGAGUCCAAGGCAUGGACAGCUGUUCUAAAUAUGCUCAUUCUAGAUGGUGAAUCAAUCUAUAGUCUGAUUUCUCAUCCCAUCUUGCUGGUCUUAGCCAGAGUAAUCCUUGUGAAUUUACGACAGAAACUUGCAGCCAUUCAGACAUUGCCUUGGUGGACUUUGCGAUGUGUGAACAUUCACCAGCAAGUGCUAGAAGAGCGAUCACCUGAGCUCUUUGCUGUUGCUCAGACCUGCAUAGAUCAAGUGACAGAAGUAGAAAGCUUACUCACAGGUGAUGAAUACUGGCAAUUAGCUGUUCAGUUUCAACUUGAGUGUGCAUAUACAUUUUUGAAUUACUAUGAGUAUAAAAAAGCAAAAGAGCAUUUCACCAUAGCUAAAGACAUAACCAACCUACAGAUUACUCUGACAGGUGCUUUGGGAAAAAGGACACGAUUUCAGGAAAAGUUUGUAGCCCAGCUUAUUCUUGAUGUCCAAAGAAAAGAUGGUGUCUCCCCUCCUCACCUUGAACUUAGCCCUAUACCUACUCCCCUAGAAAAUUUAACAAAGAAUUAUGAUUUAAAUGAUGAUACAGUCCUAAAUGAGAUAAAGUUAGCAGAUAGUAAUCAGUACCAAAUACCUGAUUUAUUGGCAGAAGAGCUUGCUGUUAUCCUUGGAAUUUGCAUAGACUUCCAAAAGAACAAUCCAACGCACAAACUAACUGAAGAGGAACUGCUGGCUUUUACAUCAUGUUUACUUUCUCAACCUAAGUUCUGGGCCAUUCAGACUUCUGCCUUGCUUCUCCGGACAAAGCUUGAGAAAGGAAGUACUCGUCGAGUGGAACGGGCGAUGAGGCAGACUCAGGCACUUGCUGACCAGUUUGAAGACAAGAAUACGUUGGUGUCUGAGCGGAUGAAGAUUUUUUACUGUUGUCAGGUGCCUCCACGUUGGGCAAUACAGCGUCAGCUUGCGAGCUUACUCUUUCAGCUAGGGUGCACGAGUUCAGCUCUACAGAUCUUCGAAAAACUGGAAAUGUGGGAAGAUGUAGUAAUAUGCUAUGAAAGAGCAGGGCAGCAUGGGAAGGCAGAAGAAGUCUUGAGACGGGAGUUAGAGAAGAAGGAAACACCAGGAUUAUAUUGCUUGCUUGGUGAUAUUCUUAGAGAUCACCAGUACUAUGACAAAGCAUGGGAGUUAUCCAAGCAUCGCAGUGCCCGGGCCCAGCGCUCGAAGGGCCUCCUUCAUCUUCACAACAAGGAGUUCAGAGAAUGUGUGGAGUGUUUUGAACGUUCAGUCCAGAUCAACCCCAUGCAGUUGGGUGUAUGGUUUUCUUUGGGCUGUGCCUACUUAGCUUUGGAAGACUAUGAAGGUGCUGCCAGAGCAUUUCAGCGUUGCGUGACAUUGGAACCUGACAAUGCUGAGGCCUGGAACAAUUUAUCAACUGCGUAUAUCAGAUUAAAACAGAAAAUCAAAGCAUUUCGAACCCUCCAAGAAGCUCUCAAGUGUAACUAUGAACACUGGCAGAUUUGGGAGAACUACCUUCUCACUUGUACAGACAUUGGAGAAUUUUCAGAGGCAAUCAAGGCCUAUCACCGGCUCAUGGAUUUACAAGAAAAAUACAAAGAUGUGCAGGUAUUGCACAUCCUGGUCAGGGCUGUGGUAGAUGGAAUGGCCGAUCGCAGUGGAGAGGGCGCAGCAGGAUUGAAGGGAAAGUUGCAGGAGCUAUUUGGCAGAGUGACUUCAAGAGUGACAAAUGAUGGGGAAGUCUGGAGACUCUAUGCCAAACUGUAUGGGAAUGGACAGAACAACAAUCCUGAAGAUACUGAAAAGUCGCUGCAGUUCCUUACUAAAGCACAUAAAUGUGAAAUGCAGUCAACUGAUUGGGAGAAAGAUAUCUCUUCCUUUAAGGAGUUAGUGAAAGGAGCCAUAGAAGUUGCCCAUGUGGCAAUACGGUGCAGUGAACACAAAUCUAAUCAUCAAGAAGCUUUGCAGGUACUUUCUUCAGCACGGCUGAAUCUGCGUGGUUUGUCAUCCAAAGCAAAGCAACUUUUUGCAGAUGUAGAAAGUGGCACGGUUUCCAGUGAGUUAGCUGAUGAAGUGACAACUAUGGACAACUUAAUUGUUGAACUGCAAGGACUGAGCAACCAACUGAGAAAUCAGUGCUGAGAUGAGAAUUAGGUUUUGUGGAAGAAAGACGAUGAUGUACUUCAUUUGCUACAGUUUCUGUUAAUGGAAAUGCAACAUCUCUAACAUAUAACAUGACUUCCUAAUAUUUUUACAUAUGA